AUGGCCAAAAUAGCAUUUGGGCGCUUUGAUGAUUCUUUCAGUUUGGGGUCCUUUAAGGCCUAUCUUGCAGAGUUCAUCUCAACCUUGCUCUUUGUUUUUGCAGGAGUUGGUUCAGCCAUUGCUUACAACAAGUUGACAUCCAAUGCUGCUCUUGAUCCUGCUGGGCUAGUAGCCAUUGCUUUAGCCCACGGCUUUGCUCUCUUUGUUGCAGUCUCAGUUGGCGCCAACAUCUCUGGUGGACAUGUGAACCCAGCUGUCACCUUUGGAUUGGCUCUUGGUGGCCAAAUCACUGUCCUCACUGGUAUCUUCUACUGGAUUGCCCAGCUUCUUGGUGCCAUUGUUGCUGCCUUCAUCCUCAAGUUCGUCACCGGAGGCUUGACAAUUCCCAUCCACAGUUUGGCUGCCGGAGUUGGAGCCAUUCAAGGAGUAAUCUUUGAGAUCAUCAUCACCUUUGCUUUGGUUUACACUGUGUACGCAACAGCAGCUGACCCCAAGAAGGGCGCAUUGGGCACCAUUGCCCCCAUAGCCAUUGGUUUCAUUGUUGGGGCUAACAUCUUAGCUGCCGGCCCAUUCUCCGGCGGAUCAAUGAACCCAGCUCGCUCUUUCGGGCCUGCCGUUGCUAGCGGCGACUUCCACGACAACUGGAUCUACUGGGUUGGGCCCCUGAUUGGUGGUGGGCUUGCUGGGCUUAUAUAUAGCAAUGUAUUUUUUCACACAGAGCAUGCACCCUUAGUUAGCGAGUAUUGA